AUGGCAGAAGUGAUAGUAGGGAUAACCCUGGAAGCGGCAGCCAAAAAUCUUUUAGAAGCUGUAACAGAGGCCAAAGACAGAGCCGUUAGAUUUGCAGCCUCGCUCGCAGACCUCGAAACCACAGUCAAACGUCUACUUCCCAAGAUCACUAAGAUCGAAGAGUUAAGCCAAGAGCUUGGAGAAUUGCCAAAGGAUGAAAUCCAGAGGAUGAAACAGUUGUUGGUUGAAGCGAAGCAGCUUGUUUCCAAGUGCUCGGAGGUAGCUUGCUGGAACUUCUGCAAAAGGGACAAUUACUCCAAGAAGCUCCUUCAAGUGCGCGCUGCACUUCGUUGGCUCAUCGAAGAGGAGUUUCCGGUUGCGCAUUCAGAGGAUCUUGUUCGGAUCUUGCAUGAGGUAAAGCGCAUGAGUAGAAAUUCUGUUUUCUGUUUUCUGUUUCACGUUCACAUAUUCCAUCUGAGUAGAAAUUCCGUCGGAAUGGGUUUGGGUGAUCAGAGCCAGAGAGAUAUUGGUAAUAUUAAUGAUAAUGAUGGUAUUUCCAAAAGUGGCCGGACAAAGGUGUUGCCGCCUGACAUGCCUGUGGUUUCUGGGUUCAAGAGGAGAUGGAUCGUUUCUCUUUUCGGUUUGAUCCGUAGGUUUCCCUGCGAAUGGCUGUAGUAGUUUCAUUUUUGUGCCGCUAGCUGUUUCUAUGGAAGAGACUCAUGC